UUUUUUAUCAAUUCUUUUCUCAAAAGGAAUUGAACUUUACACAGAGAGAAACACACCACUCCUUACCCCUCACAUCUUAUCAAAAGAAGCUUGCUUCGUUUUUGAUAACCCCUAUUAAACUAAAAGGUCCCUUUGCUGCUCUUACCUCGCAAUGUCCACUGAGAAAAAAGAAUCGCCUCAAUUCCAAUCAUACCUCAAUAACGAUGGUAUUGACGACUUGACGCCCGCAACAAGAAAACACAGAGUGUCUUCGUUAUCGUUGUCCGACUUGAAUCAAUGGCAGAACGGUUUGACCAAAUUGUCGUCUUCCACGUCAUUGAGCAAACAAGGUUCUCAUGCGAACUUAAAAAAGGUUGACUCGUUGGCCAAAUUGUCGAGAAACUCGUCCAUCAUCAAGAGGAAAAAGAAGUCUGUCAUUGACCAUCCCCGUGUCGCAUCAUAUGCGUUCUGUUUUGACAUUGACGGUGUGAUUUUGAGAGGCCCCAACACCAUUCCCCAGGCCGUCGAUGCCAUCAAGAUGUUGAAUGGAGAGAACAAAUACAACAUCAAGGUGCCAUCAAUUUACGUUACCAAUGGUGGUGGAAAGCCCGAAAAAGUCAGGGCCGAGGACUUGUCUAAGAGAUUGCAGACAGAAAUCAAGAUUGAGCAGAUCAUCCAGGGGCACACGCCAAUGAGAGACUUGGUCCCUGUGUACGAAAACGUAUUGGUUGUUGGUGGAGUGGGGAAUGUCUGCAGACACGUGGCCGAGUCCUACGGAUUCAAAAACGUGUUUACCCCAUUGGAUAUCUUGAAGUGGAACCCUGCCGUGUCUCCGUAUCACGAUUUGACCGAAGAAGAGACGCAGUGCUGCAGACACGAUGUGGAUUUUUCCAAGACCACCAUCGACGCCAUUUUGGUGUUUGCCGACUCGAGAAAUUGGGCUGCUGACCAGCAGAUCAUCUUGGAGUUGCUUUUAUCGAAGAAUGGUGUCAUGGGCACAGAAUCCAAAACAUACGACGAGGGCCCAGAGAUUUAUUUCGCCCACUCGGACUUUAUUUGGGCCACUAAUUACAAGUUGAACAGAUACGGCAUGGGUGCCUUGCAGGUGUCUAUUGCAGCGUUGUACAAGGAGCACACAGGUCACGAAUUGAAGGUUCACAGAUUUGGUAAACCACAAGCUGGUACUUUUAAGUUUGCCAACAAGAUCUUGAGCAAGUGGAGAAAAGGAAUGUUGGACGAGCACUUGAAGAAAUUGAGCGUGAAUGACCCCAACGCCGGCGACGCCGAUAUUUUGAUUGGUGAGGAUGGCGAAGAGUUCAUCAACCAGGCGAAAUUGGAGGCUGGAAAUUAUGAGGACGAGUACGAAGAAAACGACGGUAAGAUCAUCGAGAAGUUGGGUGAGUUGUCCGUGCAAGACAAGAUCACAUUGCAGAUGCCACCCGCGUCUACCGUUUACUUUGUGGGUGACACGCCUGAGUCGGACAUUAGAUUUGCCAACUCGCACGACGACUCUUGGUUCUCAAUCCUUGUCAAGACGGGUGUGUAUCAAGAGGGCACAGUGCCAAAGUACAAGCCAAAGCAUCUUUGUGACAACGUGUUGGAGGCAGUCAAGUUUGCCAUUGAGAGAGAGCACGCCAUGGAGUUGGCCGAGUGGAACGAGACAGCCACGGAGGAGGAGGGCUCUGCAAGCAGAGUGUCUUCGAAGAUCAAUUUCAAUGACUUUGUUAUGACCCCCAGCGAGAAGAAAGACCAGGAAGAGAAGGACAAGAUCAAGAACAUCAAGAAUGUUGAUGAGCACGAGUCUGUGGAGGUGCCCGAUUUGCUUAGCGCCCAGCUCAACAAGUUCAAGGAUGCUGGUGCCUAGAUGAUUGCAGCGCACAUUUCAUAAACCUGAAUAUAAAGUAUAGACAUCAUAUUUUCAAAUUGCUGUAUGCAACCAUUCUGAUGCUAUCUGAGCUGCAGGGACAUGAAGUAGAUACCGCUAUUAGACUGCGAGA